GCCAUGGAAAAGUCCAAGAAUUUCCGUAUCGACGCGCUGCUGGCCGUGGAUCCCCCGCGGGCCGCCCCGCAGAGCGCACCGCUGGCCCUGGUCACCUCGCUGGCCGCUCCGGGAGCCGGCGGUCCGGGCGGUCCCGGCGGAGGAGGCCCCGGCCCCGCCGAGCGCCGCAGCCCCGCGCCCCCCGCGCCCCCCGCCCGCGCCAGCCCGUCCCCGCCGCGCCUGCUGGCCGCGCCCUGCCCGCUGCCCAAGGUCGGCGGCUUCCUGGGUGCGGGCCCCGCGGGGGGCGGCGGGGGACCCCCCCACCAAGCGCACCCGGCCGCGGGGGGCCUGGCGCUGGGGCUGCACCCCGGGGGCGCGGGGGGCGCGCUGUACGGACACCCGGUGUACGGCUACUCGGCGCUGGCCGGGCAGCACCCGGCGCUGGCCUACGCCUACCCGCCCGUGCAAGGCGCGCACCCCGGGGACCCCAUCAAGCUGGGCGCCGGCACCUUCCCGCUCGACCAGUGGCUGCGCGCCUCCACCGCCGGCGUGCUCCUGCCCAAGCUGCCGGACUUCAGCUCCCAGGCGCAGUCCCACCUGCUGGGCAAGUGCCGACGCCCACGCACGGCCUUCACCAGCCAGCAGCUGCUGGAGCUGGAGCACCAGUUCAAGCUCAACAAAUACCUGUCUCGGCCCAAGCGCUUUGAGGUGGCCACCUCUCUCAUGCUCACGGAGACGCAGGUGAAGAUCUGGUUUCAGAACCGCCGCAUGAAGUGGAAACGCAGCAAGAAGGCCAAGGAGCAGGCGGCACAGGAGGCUGAGCGGCAGCGGGCCGGCGGCAGCGCAGGGCCAGGGGGCUCCGAGGACGCGGGCGCUGACCCCCUGGCCCAGGGCCGUGCGCGGGGUCCGGGUGACAGCGACCCCGAGGAGGACGAGGAUGAGGACGAGGACGAGGACCCCUUCGGCUACGGCGGGUCCGCCCCCGCUCCGGCUGGCUCCUCGGACGGCGGCUCCUCAGAGCCUGGCUCCCCCAGGCCCGCGCCUCAGUAGGGGCCGCCUGGGGCUCCGGGAGCCUCGUUCUAGAAGUGGGGCUCCGCCGUGGGGGGCAGGACGGCCCCGGAGCCCCCGGUGUUACAGGACUCGGGCUGGACUCGGGGCCCCGCGGCGGCACAGAGCUGGCCUUUAUUUUUGUAGAUUGUAUUUAUAUACAUAUAUAUAGAGAGAGACCCACACAUGCACGUAAGUUAUUACAGCCCUCCCGGCCCCGCCCCGGGGAAUGUAAAAUAAACC